AUGGGUGAUCAAGUAACUAUUUGGUACAAGAGCUUACCUUCAUGUACGCGAUUCCUGUUUUCAAGUUUUGUUGGAAUCACAGCAGCUGGAACCUUUUUAACUGGUCCCCAUUUACUUUUUUUUGAACCACAGUUAAUAUUCAAGUUUCGAUAUCCUCAAUUAUGGCGAGCAUAUACGUGUUUCUUCUUUCAACAUUUUGGCUUGAAUUUCGCAUUCCAAUUAUAUUUCCUAUACAGAUAUUCGAAAGAGCUGGAAACGACAAAGUUUGCCGGCAGAACUGCUGAUUACGUGUGGUUUUUGGCUACAUCGUCUAUUUAUCCUUUGUAUUACUACAACCCGGCUUUAGUUAUGUCGAUUGUAUAUCUAUGGUCUCAACAUAAUAGGGAUAAGAUUGUUUCCUUCCUGUUCGGGCUGACUUUUAAGGCUGUCUAUUUCCCAUUUGUUCUACUAGCCUACGAAUUUUUAUCAAGAAAUGGAGCACUGCCAUUAAGCAUGAUUGUUGGAAUACUUGCUGGUCAUCUUUAUUUUUUCCUUGAUGAGCUAUAUCCGGCUUCAGGCGGCCCUAGACUUAUCAGAACACCACAGUGGCUUUACAGAUUUUUCCCGUUAGGUGUUAGCUCUGAUGGAAUAAGAGCAGCCUAUGGAAGAAUCUUUACGCCAAAUACACAGAAUACGCAAAGUACAACGAUACCACAACGUCCCGUCAGUGGACAUAAUUGGGGAAGAGGGCAACGAUUAGGAACGUAA